AGCCAUGACGUUUGCUUACCUGUUACCAAGGCGCUGUGUGUAACUCUAGGUGUACCUUUUCGGAUGUGCCGACCCUAAACAAAAGGCCUGCUGAAAGUGACACCCUUCCCCUACACAGACCCGCCAGGUACCGCCAUCUCAGAAGGUUCACCUGCCCGCUUAGUUACAACGGCUGUCGGCCUACAACCCACGUUUUUGAUCGUUGUCUUGUGAGAAAAGGUGUCCAUCUGAGGGAAACAAGAUGUCCGUCGCUCCAGGAUACGCACAGCCCGGAAUGCCCAUGCAGCAGCAGUCCACCGUUGUGGUCGGCGGCGCCCCACAGACAAUGGUCAUUGUCCAGGAGUCCAAGCCGGACAGCCAUGUCGGCAUGGCCAUCUUCACCUGCCUCUGUUGCUUCUGGCCGCUCGGACUGGUGUCCUUGAUCUUUGCCUGCAUGGUGGAUUCCCGUUGGGAGUCAGGGGACAGGGAGGGCGCCAAAUCUGCCUCCAGGACCGCCUCCAUCCUCUGGAAGAUCGCCCUGGGUAUCGGCUUGGCAGCGAUCAUCAUCGUGGUCAUCAUCGUGCCUGUGUACUUCCUGGUCAUCUUAACCGGCUGCAGUCCUCUCAAUCGGGUAGAUUCAUCCCGAAUUUGGACGACGGGUGACCAGCAAAGGCCAGGCUGACUUCAUUAUAUGGUUGAUAUCCUCGUCAAUUUUCGUCAGUUUAAAAAA